GAGAAGUUGUGAACGGCAGCCAAGCCCGCAACCGAUUGCGAAGCUCAUAAACCCUCAAAUUCAAUCUACAGAAGUGAAGCACAAUCUGCAGAAACUCUAAGAAAUUCUCCACAAGUUGAGCUCCCUCAUCUCCUCCUCAACCAUCAAGGUACUAUCAUGGCGUUUUUGCUCCCUCUUGUUAGCGUACCAGAAGACUGUUAUGAUUAAAUACCACCAUUGAUGUCUGUUCUUGAGGGUUCUCUUCUUGAAUGAGCUUGGCCUCGCUUUAAUUUUGCUUCUCUGUGUGUUUGUUUUGCCAAAAUGCAAUCUUUGAGUGGUUUCACUUGUAAAGGUACCUCCUUGGCCACCAGCCAUAGAAAUUUUGAGACAUUGAUAGUCCCCUCUUCCUCCUCCUCCUGUCCCCCGUUCUCCCUUUUGUCAAUGAGGACGAGGAGGAGGAGAAGGAUUGGCUCUAUGUUGGAUUACAGAAAUGGUUAUCUUCCUCAGAAAAGGAGUUCUUUUGUGUUUGCUUUGUCAUUAGAGCAAGAACCUGUUGGUGGGUGUGUUAAUGAGAGGGAGGAUGUUAGCUUGGAUACUUUGGAGGGAGUGAAAGAUGAUGGAGAGGAGAAAUUGGCUGUUUUACAGGAGAAUUAUCAAUUCAGACAAGAAAAGGUGGAUGUUAGGGCACUGGCAUUGAGCAUACAGGAUGCUAAGACAUCAGAUGAUGUCGAGGCGGUGUUCAAGGAUUUGGGAUUGCAUCCUCUUCCUGUUUAUUCUUCUAUCAUUAGAGGAUUUGGUAAUAAUAAAAGGAUUGAGCCGGCAAUUGCUCUGUUUGAAUGGUUGAAAAGGAAGGAAAAGGAUACUGGUGGACUGAUUGGUCCCAACCUUUUCAUUUAUAACAGUUUGUUAGGUGCUAUAAAGCAAGCCAAGCAAUUUAGCAAGGUUGAUGAAGUCAUGAAAGACAUGAAAUUGCAUGGUAUCAUUUCGGACAUUGUUACUUACAAUGCUUUGAUGUCAAUUUUUAUUGAACAAGAUCGACCUGAUCAGGCUCUUGAUGUUUUGGUUGAUAUUGAGAAGAAUGAUCUCUCACCAUCACCUAUUACUUACUCAACUGCAUUGCUUGCUUACAGGGAAAAGGAGGAUGUGAGUAGUGCCAUUGGAUUCUUUGUAAAUUUGAAAGAUAAAUAUAAACAAGGAGAAAUUGGGAAAGAUGGAGAGUAUGAUUGGCAGAAUGAGUUUGCUAAGCUUGAGAAUUUCACAAUUCGCAUAUGCUAUUUGGUGAUGCGGCAAUCACUUGUAAAGGAGGAUAAUCCAACUACGAAGAUUUUCAAACUAAUCCAUGAUAUGGAUGAGGCAGGAUUACGGCUAGGCCGAAAAGAAUAUGAGCGACUCGUUUGGGCAUGCACUCGGGAAAGCCAUUAUGCUGUUGUCAAAGAAUUGUAUAGAAGAAUAAGGGAUACUAAGGGCAAGAUGAGCUUAUCAGUCUGUAAUCAUGUAAUAUGGUUGAUGGGGAAGGCAAAGAAAUGGUGGGCAGCUCUUGAAAUAUACGAGGAACUGUUGGACGGAGGACCUAAACCUAAUAAUGUAUCCUAUGAGCUUAUCAUUUCUAAUUUCAAUGUACUUCUGAAUGCUGCUAGGAGAAGGGGGAUAUGGAGAUGGGGUGUUAGAUUGCUCAACAAGAUGCAAGAGAAGGGAUUGAAGCCUGGAACCAAAGAAUGGAAUGCUGUUCUUGUUGCAUGCUCCAAAGCAUCAGAAACUACUGCUGCCGUGCAAAUAUUCAAGAGAAUGGUUGAGCAAGGAGAGAAACCAACUAUAUUAUCUUAUGGGGCAUUGCUUAGUGCACUCGAAAAGGGGAAGCUGUAUGAUGAAGCACUUCAAGUUUGGGAACAUAUGUGUAAAGUGGGUGUUAAACCCAACUUACAUGCAUACACAAUUUUGGCUUCUAUUUACAUUGGGAAAGGUAGGCCUGAAAUGGUCGAUGAGAUUCUUCAAGAAAUGUCUUCGUCUGGGAUUGAACCAAGUGCUGUUACUUAUAAUGUGAUAAUCACCGGUUGUUGUAAGAAUCAGAUGAGCAGUGCUGCAUUGGAGUGGUUUCACCGUAUGAAAGUGAAAAAUGUUAAGCCGAAUGAGAUUACAUAUGAGAUACUGAUUUCAGCUCUUGCUAGUGAUGGCAAACCUAGAAUCUCAUAUGAGAUGUACUUGCGUGCUCGAAAUGAAGGCUUGAAUCUCUCAACCAAGUCGUAUGAUGCCGUCUUUGAGUCAUGUCGGAUUCAUGGUACAAGCAUAGACCUCAAUGAUUUAGGACCUCGACCUCCAGAGAAGAAGAAAGUUAUAAAAAUACGAAAAAAUUUGACUGAGUUCUGUCACUUGGCAGGUCUACCAAGGAGAGGUAAGGCAUUUGAUAGGACAGAGUUAUAUGCAUCGCAAACUCAAGAUAAUCAAAUAACAUAAUUGUGCUUUUAUUGAUCCUUUCAUGAUGACUUUUCAUUGUAAUGUAUGCAUUGCACUAAAUUAUGUUUUCAUGGAACUGCGAAGAGAAGGGUCAAUCUGUCAACAAGUUAUGCUUUUUUGUCUUUUGAA